ACCUCCCAGUGCCCUGUGUUCACAAUCUGGGCAGUCUGGCUAACAAACUGAGCUGACCUGAGCUAACAGCAGCUUAGAGCAGUUACUUUAUUGUCUAUUAGGAAACUAGUCCAGCAUCAGAGAGAAAACCAAAUAACAUUUCCACCAAAUCGGGGAAUUUGAUCAGGCAGCAGCUCACCUCGUGACUUCUCGUGUCCUUCACUUCUCUUUUACCCACGGACUAACACGGACUGAAGCUGUAAUGAUGGUGAACACGUUGCUUUUGUUUGCUUUACUGUCCGCAGCAUCAGCUUUCCACCUGUCCGAACAAGACGAGUUUCACUUCAAAUCAUGGAUGGCACAGCACAACAGAGCAUACAGCAUGCAGGAGUUUUACGAGAGACUCCAAAUAUUCACUGAGAACAAGAGGAGGGUUGACAAACACAAUGAAGGAAAUCACUCAUUCACAAUGGCUCUGAACCAGUUUUCAGACAUGACAUUCGGGGAAUUUAAAAAGUCUUUCCUUUGGUCUGAGCCACAGAACUGCUCUGCUACAAAAGGGAACUACUUCAGCAGCAACGCACCACAUCCAGACUCCAUCGACUGGAGAAAGAAAGGAAACUUUGUGACGCCCGUGAAGAAUCAGGGAAGUUGUGGUAGUUGCUGGACUUUUUCCACAACGGGCUGUUUGGAGGCUGUUACUGCUAUCAAGACUGGGAAGCUCAUCCCACUGUCAGAACAACAGCUGGUAGACUGUGCCCAGGCCUUCAAUAACCAUGGAUGUAAUGGCGGCCUCCCCAGUCAAGCAUUUGAAUACAUUAUGUACAACAAGGGACUGAUGACAGAGGACGACUACCCAUACACAGCUUUUGACAAUGACUGUAAGUAUAACCCACAAAUGGCAGCUGCUUUCGUGAAGAAUGUGGUGAACAUAACAGCGUAUGAUGAGAUGGAGUUGGUGGAUGCGGUCGGCACACGUAAUCCGGUCAGUUUUGCCUUUGAGGUGACGUCUGACUUCAUGCAUUACUCCAAGGGCGUGUACAGCAGCACUGAAUGUCACAAGACCACAGACAAGGUGAAUCAUGCUGUGCUAGCAGUCGGCUAUGGAGCUGAGAAUGGCUCCCCUUACUGGAUAGUAAAGAACUCAUGGGGACCCCGCUGGGGAAUUGAGGGGUACUUCCUCAUUGAGCGUGGAACUAACAUGUGUGGACUCGCUGCCUGCGCAUCUUUCCCAGAGGUGUGAUUUCUGCAAACUACAAAAGGGCAAAGAAGGGAGCAGAAUCCCAAUUUUUUUUUUAUUGUUAUUGUACAAGGUGAUUUUUGUAUGAUCAUUGUAGAUUUUUUUUUUGCACAAUGGAGUAAGCACUAUAAUAUGAUGAAAUAUAUUCAAUUCAAUUCAAUUCAUUUCCAUUCAAGAGUUUAUUGUCAUUGUCCAAAGGCAACGAAAUUGUGUGUGGAGCACAACACAGAGUAGUAGUUACAUUAAUCAAUAAAUAUGAUCACUAAAGUACUAAUCAUUCUAUAAUUGUAGUUCACAAAUAAAAUCUCUUUUAUCACAAUAUUAUGCUAUACUAUACAAUGUUUUGCAGACAUUUGCAAUAUGCCAAAUAUGAUUUUUGAGAUAUUGUUCAAACAGAUUAUCGAUAUGGUGGCUGAUACAGUAAAACUUUGAACUUUCUGGAAUAAUAAAUAAACCCUUUUCUUGAUUGAUUU